AUGAGCGAGGCCGAGCAUGUCGAGGUUGCGGAAAAGCAGCAACCCAAGGGCCCCGUCGACUUCACGGAUCCGACCUUCGAGCUGAAUGAGACGUACGUGGAGGAUAUGUUCGAGGAAAUGCGCCGGGAAAACCGAGUGAGCAAGUACUUCCAUCGUCAUCAGCCGCUCAACUACUUGAACAAAAAGGUGCUCGACUACAUUUUCACGAUGUGUACGCGUCUACGUCUGCCCCCGGAUGUGCGCUUUACGGCUGCGCUGAUCUUCGAUAAGUACAUGUCCCGGCAAACAGCCCAAGCUCAUCACUUCAUCGACACACUGGAGCUGACGCAGGAGCAGAAGGAUCAGCAAUGGGACAAGACGCAGUGUAACAUCAUCCGGCAACUCGUCCUCCGCCUCGCUUCCUGCAUACAAAUCGCUUCAAAGGAGAACAAGUUCGAUGAUAGCCUUUCGAACGAGGCUGUCACGAAGAUGCUCGUCGCCAUCGGCUCUCCCUAUCAUCCUCAGGCCAUCCUCAAGUCUGAGCUACGCGUCUUGAGCACCAUCGACUACACGAUACCGCAAUCGCCAGCCCCAUAUAUGGAGAACAUUUUGAAGGUGCUCGCCAACUCGGACAAGGCGUUGAAGCACUGCAACGAGGUGUGGGACCACGCUUUGCUGUUCCUCGACAUGACCUUCGCCUAUCAACGACAGAUCACCAACGAGUUCAACUGCCAAUUAAACGAGGACGCUCCACCGAACAAGGAACGGAAGGCAGUACAAGUGAUGGGCGAUUGGAUGCUGGUCGGCAGCGCAUGCAUCGUCUGCGGACUCGGCUGUGUGCACGGGAUGGAAGUGGCCGAUCAGAAAGCCAUUGUAUUGGGCGAUAUAACGAGGAUAGAUGAGCAGCACAUCGUUCAGCUGGCCAGCACGAUCAUGAAGACUGUCCGUGCCGAACGUCAACGAUCCGCCGUCUCGACGCCG